AUGCCUGUUCUUCCGGAAAAAUGGGUUAUAGGUUUGCACGAUAAGCGCGGGCGUAAUAUAACACUUACUAGUGACAAACGUAGGGCUGCCAGAGAGGGUGAUACAUAUGACCAUGGAAUGGUAUUUAGUGAUAGGCCUUUGCACAUUGGGGAGAUUUUUCAGCUCAAAAUCGAAGAAUUGGAAUCAAAAUGGGCAGGAUCUCUGGUAUGUAAGGGUGAAAUUAAUUGUAUAGGACAACUACUGAGUAAUUUUGAUUAAUAAAACACUGAGAAGGAGAGACAUCAUGAUAAUUAAAUUCUCAUUGAAUAGCUUUAUAUUACAUUGUAAAACUUCGAGAAGGUAGGAUCUACAUGCAUCUGUUUUUAUCUUCGAUCCUUAAAUAUGUUUAGCAUUCCUUGCUUCAUAAUCUACGAGAAAUAUCUCAGGUCGAGUAGUACACUAGAAUCUAUCUGAAUGAAUCUGCUAAACCAAUCGCAUAAUUGUGAUAUGUAUUAUAAAAUUUCUGUAAACUAUUUAUGAAUUACUUCUUAAUUUUUAUUUCACUUUCUCAUUUUUUUUCGGAAAUAAAAAGAAAUGAUAAGUACAUUUAAAUACAUUUUUCAACAUAUUUGUUUGUAGGGAUCUUUUUGUUUCAUUUAGACAUCAAAACCAGCUGCAUACAAAUUAAAAGAAUAAGAAGCCUGGCUCUGUUUGCAGCCCUCUCAUUAUUGUCAUCAUAAAGUAUUAUGGUCAUUAUUUAACCCCAGAAGUCCCAAAGUAAUCACCAUCUAAUUUCUCCCACUGUAUUGAUACAUUUUCAUGAGAAUCAAGGAAAUGAUCACAUCAUAGCAAAACAAUUUCCUGAUGACUAAUAAUAGAUGAAGAGGGAAAUCAAAAGAGAUCACUUGUAAGUACCCUGCAAGCAAGCUCUUGAGAGGUUCUUACAACCUGCAAGAAAGCUUGCUAGCAGGCUAACAAGGAAGUGAGAAUUGAUUUUUACCAUGGAGCUCUAAAGGUUAACCCUUUAACUCCCAAGAUCUGACUAUUAAUUCUCCUCUCUAGCAGCCACACUUUUCAUUGUGAAUCAGUUAGGAGAAUUUGGUAUUAGAUAUAGGUAACAACUUCUACCUGAUAAAUUUGAGUAGUUUCAUCAUCUGAAUGGAUAUUUUAGGGAGAAGUUGCAUGUUCAUCACUUCUGGGAGUUAAAGGGUUAACUCUUUACACCUGAGCAUCAGUAUGCGUAUUGUGCACACUGUUCUCUACACCAUCCCUCUGGUGCUGGCAAUUUACAAUGAAGAGCUUCUUUAGUUUCUGAUCAUUUCUUUUUUUUCAAGACCUUAAUAUGUGAUUCAGGAGUGAUAUUGUAAGGAGAAAUUAGAUGCUCUCAGGAAUCAAAACUGAUUGACGUUUUUUUUAUCAUGCAGAGAUUUGGAAUAACAACGUGCAAUCCUAACUGUCCCUCCACAAGUAUAGUACGAGCAGCAACAGAUUUGUUUACUGCUGAUCAUCAGGAUUACUGGAUGUUGUCUGGAACUCGUAUCCACAAUGGGGAGAUAGAAAAAGAAUAUAAUUUCAGUAUUCACUCGCUAAAAGUUAACGACGUUUUAGGAGUUCAAGUGACUGGCAAUGGGAACUUGAAUUAUUAUGUAAAUGGACUCAAUCAAGGAGCUGCAAUGACUCAAAUACCUUUAAAAAAGGAUAUUUAUGCUGUAUUUGAUGUUUAUGGAAGGACAAAACAGGUGUCUGUAAAGUACUUUGGAGGUAGGAAUGUAUACUGAGUAAUAUGAUUUACAAUGAAUGGUUUGAACUUGAAAUUAAUGUGUGUUUAAUUGAGUGACUUGAUUAACCUUUUAACUCUUUCACUCCCAAGAUCUAAUUAGUAAUUCUCCUUACUAUCUGUCAUACAAUUCUUAUGAUGUUAGUUCAGAGAAUUUGGUAUUGGAUCAACUAAUAAUCCCAUAAUUGAUAUUCUUCUCUAUUCUCAUCACCUGCCUGCUUGAUAUUGUAUUGAUAUUGUAAGGAGAAAUUCUGUCUUGGUCACUUGCAGGAGUGAAAGGGUUAACUCCCAAGAUCUGAUUGUUAAUUCUCCCCUAUAGCUGCUGCACAUUUCCUCUUAUAUUUGUAAUGUAAUGAGAAUUUGGUGUUAGAUCGAGGUAAUUUCUACCUGAUAAGUUAGAGUAUUCUCAUUACAUGUUUGUUGGAUGAUAUAUGGAUAUUAUUGGGAGAAGUUAAUUGUUGAUCACCUCUGGGAGAAAAAUGGGGUCAGGGAUGUUCUGAAAUGGGGUUAUGGUUUAGAUAGUAACUGGAGUUUUAACAACCAAAAAGUUUGGCUUUGGGAUUUUUUUUUAACCCUCUUUAUCCUAGGAUUGGUAUUCAUAUUCUCCAUUCUCUUCUCUUUUUAACCCUUUAACUCUCAUGAGUGACCAAGACAGAAUUUCUCCUUACAAUAUCAACCAGAAAAGUAAUGAGAAUAAAGAAGAAAAUCAAUCAUUAGUUGAUCCAUUACUAAAUUCUCUGAACUAUCAUUGUUAGAAUUGUAUGUUUGACAGUAAUGAGAGUUACAAAUUUGAUCUGGGAUUUAAUUUAAAGGGUAAACUUUUUUUUGGUACUGACAAGGGGAAUUCAGGAGCUUCUUAAAUUGGUGAUCAUAUCUGUUAUUCUUGUGACAUUUGAUUGAAGGGUGGUACUGUAAGGAGAAUUUAUAAGCUAGUCACUCCUAGGGAUUAAAGGGGUAAAAAGAUAGGAAGGUACUCUUUGUAACAAAGUCAGCUGCUCUCACUGCCUGAAGAAGACUAGCAGUAUGCAGUCAAAAUGUUGCAUUCACAUCUAAACUGACCACAUACUAAUGAGGCAAACGAAUAUCUUCUCUUUUGAAUGUUGUACUUUUGUUAAUUGUGUUCCUGUUUUGAAUUGUGUGUUCUCGCAUUUUAUCAGAGGAGACAGAAAUAAAGUAGUCAAAUGACUGAAAAAUAUAGAUGGGGUGGAGAUGCAAUCCUCAAAUAUAUAUAUACAUGAGCUAUUUCAGUUGUUUGAAAAGUAGGUAACGCUAUCCAACUGUUAAGUUACUAUCCAGUGGAUUAGUGUUGACAAAAUAUGCAUCAUAAUCCGCUAGAUAGAGAUUCAUCUGGCCGAUAGUUUAGUCCACUCUUUGAACAACUAGGGCCUGGAUUUCAGAAUUUUAUAGGUUGAUAUCUCUGCAUAACAUUUUUAUUUUGUUUCCUUUUUUUUUUAAACUAUAUAGUGGCAACUUUAGAAGAACUUUGCAAGACUGAAGUAUUGAAAUGGGUGAAGGAUAAAGAGAAGCUUUUAAAAUUACCUAUUCCAAAGAUUCUUAUAGACUUUUUACAAGAAUAGUGUUGUAGUUAUGUUCAAUAAUAGUGCAUAUAGUAAAUUGUAUAAACUGUUGAAUAGAAAAGCAAACCUUGGACAGUCUCAAUACUUCAUAGUUAAGUAGCUGUUUGCCAGCUGCUCAAGAUGUGAAUUUUUAUUGUCAUUUUUUUUUUUUCAAAGAAAAAUCGCUUUGCUAUAUUGCUAUUAAUAAGCAUAUUUGUCCUUAGUAAACAUCACCCUGUAUACUUGUUGAUUAAUUGCGGUUAUUUGAAGUUUCAUUUGUCUUUUUUAACAUCACCCCCCCCAAAAAAAAAGACAUGUGGAAGAACUUUUCUAGACAACUUUCAAUUGAGUUUUUACUUAUUAGUUCAUAACAUCUUGCAGGUUGCUUUUACAAUGCCCUGGCACACAAAGUGACAAAUUGAAAUAAAGUAACAUCUUGUCAACCCCAUUUGAGUCAAUUGUUUUGUAUAGUAUCAUUUUUGUUGUAGGCUAACUUUUGCAAAAAGCAAUAUAAUAAGGUGUUCAUAACAAUAUUAUCUGGGUUACAGUUCUUACUUGCUUGAACAAGCCCUUCAAUAAUGGCCCUUUUAGAUUAAAC